CUUGUCAAUUGUCAUCUAAAGCUUCCCUUGAUCUCUUCUCCCAAACUCGCUUUCCUUCUAUCACGAUACAGAAUCUCUCGCAUUACAAAUAUGGUUUGUGAGGUCACACGUGGAUGAAUUAAGAUCCCAAUUUCGUCAAGUUUCUUCUUUCUCAAAAGUUGCAUACAAACUGUUUGAUGAAAUUCCUAAGAGAGAGUUUCAUGUCUGACUAUUAACUCGUUGCUGUUACACUUAGCUGCUUUUCAAAUGUGGGUUAAUGGGUAUCAUCAAAUAAGAAGGUAUCUAAUCUCUGACAUCUGUUUCAGAGCAAAUCCAAGUCGCUUCUUCCGAUCAAUCCAGGUUUUGUAUCAUUCUUCAGUUGAUUCCUAUGGAGAUGCAUUGCCUUAUGAAUGGUACGAAACAAAACUCCCAGUUCUGAAAAAACUAAGCCGUGCAUUGAAAGACGUUGAUUUAGUCGAUGGGAAGCUAGAGGACAUCAAUGGUGUCAUCAUUUAUGAUGAUGGUAUCAAAAAGAAAAUGCAAGCCUUUAAAUCUCUGGCUAGAAUCUUUAUUGGGUCUCCUUCAAUUCAGCAGAAGCUUAGAGAAGAGGGACGAUUCAAGUUCCCAUUUUUUGGGAGUGAAAAUGAAAGAGAACCAUUGGUGGUGAAUUCAUUGACUAAAGUUAGCAACUUUCUUAACGUCUCGGCCCAGCAGCGGAAGCUAGUGAGGUGCACUGUGUGUUCACAGGUGACGCAGUAUCGUAUAUGGAGAGGUGCUCUUGAAGAUAUAUUGAAUGGUCUUAAAGAAGAAGUUGAUUGGUUAGUUGAACAUAGAGAGAUGAGUCAAGGUAGAGUAUUGGCUCAGCAAGUGAUAUUGUCUUGCCUUGGGUUUUUAUCUGAAUCAUCGGUUUCAUUUGAAGCCGAGAAAUCAACUUCUUGGAUGCGGCCUGUGCCAGCUAGGUAUGCGAAAGCUAAUGCUUCUGCGAAGUGGGAAGAUGUUCUUGAUAUGGUGAAUGAUCUGAGAAGGUAUCUUGAACAUGAUGAAGAAAUUACUGUACUUUACCAUUUGGAAAAGCUUGUAUCGAUGAAAGAAGGGCUUUUGCAGAUCAAAGAUGUGUUUUUGGACAACACUAUUGGAUUUCGAGAGGUUAGACAUCAAGAGCACCUUGUGUACAGAAAACUCUCAAAGUUGUUGGGCAGUCCUUCACCGUGUUUGUUCUCUCUCGUCAUGUAUUUUCUCUAUGGCCGUGUGCGUGACAUUGAAGUUGAUCUCUGUGGUGGGUUUUACAAGGAGAAGAGCGAGUUCUUGUGCUUAAGCAUGGGGAGGAUCUUGACUUCAACGGAUGAGAAAAUGUUGGAGAGAGGGAUGAAGCAGUUAGAUAGGGCAUUGGGCCUCUUUGAGUUUGUGUGGGAAACAGCAGGAAUGAAAGAGACUCUUAACCUGCAAGGCCAUUUGUGGUGCCUUGGAGCUGAAGAAAGGUCCAUCACAUAUCGUGGGAAGACGUUCUUCGUGCAUGACCUUAGUCUAUGAGACUAUGAAGUUUUGUGAGGAACAAACAACAACCUGUACAUUUGUUUCAUUUGGCUAUAAACUUAGCUCUGUCUUCUGAUAAACUUUUUGAUGUUAU